AUGCCACCUCCCAGCUACAUAACCGACGCCCUCCCUCCGCCGCAACUCUCCCAAGUCGCCGCGCAAGGGUUUGCGUCAGGCGCGCUCCGCUUCGGCACCAUCUCCUUCGCCUCCCACUUCUUACUCAACCGCUACACGCCCGUGUACCGCGGACUGACGAUCCAGUUCAAGGUGUUUUUGCAGAUCAGCGCCAUGAUCCUGGGCGGGUGUAUCUUUGCGGAAAAGAGCGUCGGGGACUUCAACGAGGGGAUUCGGAGGCAGAGGAGGGCGAUGGACAGGAGUCGCAGGGCGUGGGAGGAGGAGAGGGAGGUCAGGGAGAUGGUGGAGCGCAGGAUUGCGGCUGAAGAGCGGGUGCAGAGGCAGAAGAAGGGCUCCGGCGGCCAAGGCGAUGGCGAUGGCGUGGGCGGGAAGUAG